CCAAAUGAUUCUCUAUCAAAACAACCGAGCUUUCUCAUAGUCAACCCAAAAUAAUACUGAAUGGGUGGAUCAGUAAUCUAUCACCAAGGGUCAAGGGGUUAAGAUUAAUUUUUGCUAAUUCUAAGUGGUGUAUUACAAAGAUGAUAUUUUCCUACAAGGUGUUGACAAGUUUCUAAUGGGCGGGUCAGACUAAACAACAAUUUCUACACUUAUCUCAACUACUUACAGCUUCAAGAACAACAACUUCCUAUAAAAUGAAAGUUAAAUUAAAAUAUUAUAUUCUCUUCCUAGUUAUGUGCUCAACAUCCAUGUAUUUAAGCAGUUUGUGUCAUAGUUCAUGAGAUAGACACCAGAGUACUUUUUCUUCACCUCUUUUUGUCUCUUCCCUCUAUUUGGAUCCAACUGACUAAUUGAUCCUGUCAGUCUUUCUCUCAAUUGCUAAUAGUUCAGUUUUUUCCCCUAAUCUACAAAAACCCAUUUUCAGCAUUGCCUUCCUUGCUUCAAUAAAAGGAAGUGGUUCUUUACUAAGAUUCUAUCUGAACUAUAUAAAUCACAGACUAUAGAGAUGUUAUCAGUAAGUUUAUGCAUUGGUACCUUAAUUCUUAUCUGCAUUACUCACUGGGUCUACAGAUGGAGAAAUCCCAAAUGCAAUGGAAAACUUCCUCCUGGUUCAAUGGGUAUCCCACUUCUUGGCGAAAGUCUUCAGUUCUUUGCACCAAAUACUUCAUCUGAUGUUCCUCCUUUCAUCAAGAAAAGAAUGAAAAGAUUUGGCCCAGUUUUUAAAACUAGCUUGGUUGGGCGAUCAGUCAUCGUAUCAACAGACCCAGAAAUAAAUUACUUUAUUUUCCAACAAGAAGGAAAAUUAUUCCAGAGUUGGUAUCCUGAUACUUUUACGGAGAUAUUUGGGAAACAGAAUGUAGGAUCCUUACACGGGUUCAUGUACAAGUACCUGAAGAAUAUGGUUCUGAAUCUCUUUGGUCCUGAAAGUCUAAAACAAAAGCUCCUCCCUCAGGUGGCACAGGCGGCAAGAAGCAAUUUGUCUUCAUGGGCUAAUCAGGAUAGAGUAGAAGUGAAAGAAGCCACUGCAAACAUGAUAUUUGAUCUAACUGCAAAGAAGCUCAUCAGUUACCAAUAUGAUCCGACCAAGUCCUCAGAAAAUCUAAGAGAAAACUUUGUCGCAUUUAUACAGGGAUUGAUUUCUUUCCCUCUAGACAUUCCUGGCACCGCAUACCACAAAUGUUUACAGGGUCGGAAAAAAGCAAUGAAAAUGUUGAAAGAUUUGCUACAAGAGAGACGAACAGCACCAAAAAUUAGUCAUGUGGACUUCUUUGAUUAUGUCCUUGAAGAACUAGAUAAAGAAGGAACAGUACUAACUGAAGCAAUUGCGCUGGACUUAAUGUUUGUCCUUCUCUUUGCAAGCUUUGAGACUACUUCCUUAGCGAUAACAUUAGCCAUUAAGUUACUAACGGAGAACCCUGCAGUGCUGGCAGAAUUAACAGAAGAACACGAAGAAAUUAUCCGGAACAGAGAAAAUAAGGAUUCAGAACUGACAUGGCAGGAAUACAAAUCAAUGACUUUCACAGCUAAGGUAAUCAAUGAAACAGUGAGACUGGCGAACAUUGUCCCUGCAAUUUUCAGAAAAUCAUUAAAAGAUAUCCAAAUUAAAGGAUACACAAUACCAGCAGGCUGGGCUGUUAUGGUCUGCCCUACAGCAGUGCAUUUGAAUCCUGACAAGUACAAAGAUCCCCUUGAGUUCAAUCCACGGAGAUGGGAUGGAGUGGAAUCGAAUGGAGCAUCAAAACAUUUCAUGGCUUUUGGUGGUGGUAUGAGAUUUUGUGUCGGAACAGACUUCACCAAAGUUCAAAUGGCUGUCUUUCUUCAUUGCUUGGUUACAAAAUACAGGUGGACAGCAAUCAGAGGGGGGAAUAUUGUUCGGACCCCUGGUUUAGCAUUUCCAAAUGGUUUGCACAUUAAGAUUUCAGAGAAGGAUAACUGAAAGCAGACCAUAAAAAAUAUAAAUACUGAUCCAAGAACACAAAACGCUCACAUGGCAUGUAUUACUAAAAGCCUAAAUGUUCCAACUAACAGUCUCUUGACAAAAUACCCAAGCUGUAAAAAUAUGAAGAGUCAACAAUACCUUGCACGAAAGUAGAAGAAGAAACAUAAGCAAGCAAUUCCUGUUAAAUCUUCUCAACUCAACCUCGCCUUGAGGAUGUCGUCCACUCCAUACGAAGUUUUGUUCUCUGAUUUUCGCGUCCAAAAGUUCCAUCUGAACUUACAAUCUUGGCAAAAUAAUUAAAGCCAGGAAAUGUAACACACUUAGCGCAUUAUAAUUCAAAUAUAUAAAAUUACUGUAAAUGUUCAAAAACCAAUCUUUGUGAAUUAUUACUGUAUUUCCAAUUUACAAUGAGAAUCAGAAUUAAUA